AUGCCAACGGCUGACGAGGAGCAGCUGGAGCAAGCGAUCGAGGUAGCCGUCUCUGCUGAUGUGGACGACGAGGACAUCCUCAAAGCCCAGAACAAGUUGCUGGAGCUGCAGAUGAUGACUCCUGAGGAGAAAGCCGCCAAGGCCGAGCGUGUAAAGCACCAGCAGCAGAAGAAGGAUGCCUUCCAGUUCGUCAAGAAAAACGACGUCGAGGGGCUGGCUGCUCUGUUGGAUUCCCUGGAGGAGGAUGUCCACUGGCAGGAUUGGCGGGACUAUGCGGGCCGGACUUUGGUUCGCUGCGCGGCGGAUCUCCGGUCUGAGCUUGUGCAGAAGGAGUUGGCUGAGCGAACUAAGAAGCCUGCGCUCCUUCCGGCAGCGCAGCCCUUCGCACGACAAGUGACGCCACAGGACUCCCCAGAAAAGCCCAUGGCGAUGUCCUCUGGCGUUUUCGCAGUAUCUGGCCGCCCUUCGCUGGGUUCAGAGUCCCGCAGCGCCGCCGGGGAGGGCGCGCGAUCGCCACCAGCGGUUUUUGUUAAGGCCGCCGACUUCGUCGUGGAUGAUGAGGAGGACGACCAGAAGCCUGAACUCGCCGACGAUGAGGUGGAGAAGAUGAAAGCGCAGGCUUUGCGCGCUGUGGUGCAGGAUGACUGCCCUGCCUUGGCAGAGGUCCUCGUGAGCGUCCGCCGAACGGUUUGGUCCAGGUGGGAGAACAAGGCGGGUAAGGAUCUGCUGACGCUGUCGCAGGAGCGCGGCUCGUCAAGCGUGUACUCGCUCCUAGCCAAGUCGCUCGGCAUGGUCAAAGAAGUCAAGCGCGAGCCGUUCGAAGAGCGACAGACUGUUUGGGUCUUCGUCAACGGUGACGUGCAGCCACGCCGUGCCACAGUGCUCGAGGACACACCGGAGGAAGCAGAUGAAGUCCUGUUGGAGUUCUGGGAUGGCGACGACCCACCAGAGAAAGUCGAGCGCUGCCUGGUCCGGGCGAUGUGGUCCUAG